GUGUUGACACCAUGGCACCGCUGCUGCUCCCCGGUCUUGUUGGUUCCUUGACUCGGCAGUUGGCCCAAGUUGCCAGAUGUGCAGCUUUCGGCUCCUUAUCUGCAGUAGGUGCACAGAGAUGCAUCGGCACCCUCACAGCUGCAGCGGCGCAAUUCAGAGUCGUCGUCAACCCAGUGUACGAGCCACACACGGCAUUCCUCUCACCGCUGCUUGGACGAUGCCAACAGCUCUUGUGUAUUCAACCAUCCGCUGGCAUGAAGACUAAAACUGCUCUCAAAAGACGCUGUAAAGACUGCUUCUUCGUCCGCCGCCGUGGAAGGCUGUUUGUUUUUUGCAAAUCCCACCCCAGACACAAGCAGCGGCAGGGGUGAAUGAAUUGAGACUUUAAUGUGUGCUGUCACGCCACUGACUGUUUCUCACAGAAGACAUGAGAAUAGCUUGAAUGGUGUACCGAGCAUGUAAAGAUCAUAGAGUUUCUAAUGAAUAAACAUCCUUAUCUGAAAAGGUG